UUUCAGGUCUGUCGCCAUUUUGGAUCGGAAACGAGGCUGCGGGGGCCGAUGGAGGGCGGCGGCGGCGGCAGCAACAGCGUUUUCUCGCAGGCUCCCCCGGGCACAGCGUGCAACUGUGGUGCACACUCUGGGCCAGAGAUGAAGGCGUCUGCCGGAUCCUGUCCGCCCAGAAGAAAGAAGAAGAAGAAGCCGAGCGGCUUGCAGCUCUCACAGGACGCCUUUGCAGAAGCUGCCCCAUGUCUUGAUGACCUGGCCUUAGCAGCUGAGGGGACAAACAGUAGCAGCCAGCCCCUCCACCAUCCCGGCCUGUUGGAGCAGACAGUUCUCCAUGAUCAUGCUCUGUACUGCAUCCCUGAGGAAACAGCAGCUCUGAAGAACCUGGUGAGGGAACUGAAGGGCACUGUGUCCCACCAGAGUGAGCUCCUCCUCAGCCUGCAGAAGACUGUAGAGGACCAGGAAAAACAGUAUCGGGAACUUCAGGAAAAAGCAGAAGCCGAGAAAUGGCAGGUUCUCUCUGCUCUUGGAGCACACGUUUCUCAACUCAAGACUGAGGACCAAAACCUGUGCUGCCGGCAGGACGAGCCAGAGUCCUGGGGACAAUGCUUGCAGAAGGAGCGGGAUGCCUACAGUGCCACCGUCCUCUCACUGAGCAAGCAACUGAGGGGGCGGCUUGAGGCCCAAGCACAACAUGCGGUCUUCUCCCUUGAGUGUGUCAAGACUCACAGCAAUUGGUUGAGGUUCUACACAGGCUUUGAUGGGUACACUCGCUUCAAGGCCUUCUUGGACUUCCUCCAGGAGGGGGAGAGUCUGGAGAACAGUCCUCCCUCUGCCCUCAGCCCUGAGAACCAGCUCUUUUUGGUGCUUGUCCGGUUGCGCUUGGGGCUCCUUCUUCAAGACCUGGCCUUUCGCUUCCAUAUCUCUGAAUCCACAGCCUCCCGCUACUGGCUGAGCUGGACGGAGCUCAUGGAGCAGAGACUGCGACAGGUUCCAGUUGCCUGCAGCAAGCGCUACAUAGACGCCUUCAAGCCACAACACCAACUUCAACAUCAUGACGUGGUGCUGGUGGCCCUGGACUGCGCAGAGCUUUUUUUUGAAGCCCAGGGAAGGACACGAAGGAAAGCAGGUGGCUCCCAGAGUCCUCGGGCCCACUACUCAACACACGGGUACGCUCUGGCCGCACCCAGCGGCUUCCUCACUUUCAGUGCAGGAACCGGCCGUAGUUGCCCACGCUGCCUCCAUUCCUGCAGGCGGGACACGUGGAGCUGACAGCUCAGCAGGAGGCUGCCAAGAGGCAAGUGCUGAGUUUACGCAGCCUAACAGACAAGGCUUUCGGCUUCCGCUUCCUGCGUCUGGUCCACCCUCAGAAUA